CGGCAACGCAUGUCUUGCAAACAACCACGGUUCGAACUGGCCCUUCCAUCUGCUGCAAGAAGCUGCAUUUCCGUCCGCUGCUACCCAGAAUAUCCAUAGCUGCGGGCUUUGGGCUCACUAACGUCCCCAAGCAUUGUCCAAGUCGCAAGUCCGGGCGAUGACACCUUCUCGUCGCCAUUUCAGCUUGGUGCUUAUCGUCGAAUUGGCGAUCGUUGUUCUCUUCAUCUUACCCUCAACCUCGUCCUCAUCCUCAUCCUCAUCCUAAUCGACUGCUCUCGUUCUCUCCUGGUCGCUCGUUUGUCUGCUCAAACUGUCCGAGCGGAGCGUCGUCUACUCUGCUCUGCUUCUGCUGUGAGACUUUCGCAGCCAAUUGUCACUUCGGAUAAAAGCUCCAUUGCACAUGCAUGUGCGUGCGGUCGUUACAUCCUACCGUUAAUUUUCACUUUGCGGUCAUCAUCAGCAGCACCCUCCGGUUACACCGCCGCCGAACUCCCUCCCUUGCACUGUCUCUCAGAUCUAUGAUUGACUGAUUAACGCCCUCAACUUCCAUCCCCCCCUCAGGAGCCAUGCCCUUCUUCAAAGAGCUACGCCGACGGUCAAAAGCGAGCUUCCGAACCUCCGAUUCUUCAACAGAAUCCAAUGGCACCGUUCCGACCGCAAAGUCGUCCUCUACUCUUAACUCCGCCCCCGGAAGCGCAACACCACCCUCUACAUAUCACGCCAAUGGCUCCUCUUACAAUGUGUUGGGCACGGUAAAGACAAAUGGCGACACUCCGCCUCCGGUACCUCAGAGACCUAAUGUGACGGUACCGAAUUCCAACAGAAACAGUAUGAUAACGCUGUCCCCUUCCGGCUCGAAUGGGACAAUACGAGUUCCUCCACCGACCUCUGCAUAUGCGCCUAAAAUCACUUCAGUCAUGGAUAAUUCGGUGGUCUACCAUAAAGUACUGUUGGUCAAUGGAGAAAUUGGCGAUCCUAAUCAGAAACCCAUGGAUGGCAAUCUGACAGUCCAUCACGACAAGGAAGGACAGGCAUUCCCUCCCACGAACUGGCCUGUGUCCGACUCAUACUUCAAAGCGCUGGUCUACCUCUCGCCUGGCUGGAACAGAAUCCGUUUUGACUUUACCUCGCCGAAAUUGAGCCAUCACAGCACGGGAUCCACGCCGACGAUGCACUCUUCCUAUAUGAUGCUGAACUACCUGCCGUUGAAUAGCGCACCGCCUCUGCAGCUUGUCAUCCUAGUCGGAAGGGAUUCACCCUGUACAUAUGACGCUGCCCCCCAGAGAAUACAAAAUGAGGGCAAUGAUCUGUCCAUGGCCGUCAGAAAAUUUCGAAUGGCCGCUCACCUGUGGCAGACAUUUACCGCAGAACAGAUGUAUCGACACAAAUUCGGUCGCAGAUGUUUCAGAUUCGAGGAAGAAUGGCAGACCGGCACACUUUCCAUGAGAGAUUGGGAAAUGGGAAUCAUGAAAAAUGAAACUAGGAUUCAUGUCGUCCGGGCGGACAAGACUACCGCGGAAUUGCAGGAUCUGCAGUAUGCGCAGCAACACUCGCCAGCAGCCAAGAAAGGAGAGCUUUACUCAAUUGCAGCGGAUGCUGUCAAGAAGUAUUUCAACAUGAGGCCAGGUCAGAAGCAGUAUGUGGCUUGUCUCCUUCUUGACGCCCACUGGGAUCCAGAAGUCGGAACAAUCAGGGGCCAUGCUGCUCUCGGCGGUACUGGAGAUGAACUUGGCUUAGCCAUUUUCGGUUCACAUGCUCUUCAGAGCUAUCCCUCUUGUAUCGAGGAAGUGGUGCCAGCCUUCAUGGAUUGCACACGGACAGACACCAAGUACGUGGCCAACGAUUGCAAUGAAUCCGGGAGCAGCUGGGAAGCUGCAAACAUUGGUAUUGGCGCACAUCUGCACGAGGUCGGCCAUCUUUUCGGCUGUCCGCACCAGGAAAACGGAGUCAUGCUCAGGGACUAUGUACGGUUGAACCGCACAUUCUUGGUCAAGGAACCAUACUCGACGAGAACGAAGUCCCAAGGUCUCAAGGUCUGUCGUCAAGAAGACGAGUGCGGUUGGCAUCGGUUAGACGUGCUCCGAUUCCGGUAUCAUCCCUGCUUCAGACUUCCGAGCGAUGAACCUCUGCCACAAGACGACAGCAUACAAUACUUUCCAGUCGGCAACGGGCGCGUGAUCUGUUCUGCUCCCUCAGGGAUUUCAUUCAUUGAGAUACGGACCGAAGGAGACGAGCUGUGCAGGCAAUGGAUCGACUUUACCAAUGCUGAUCCCCGACACAGUGCAACUCCCAGACAAAUCACGGUGGCAGAGGCAGACAUCCGCGGACGUCUACCCGAAGACAAGAAGAAGGUCAAGUUGUCUUUGACGAUCUUCUGUGGUAGUUCCCGGAGUGAAAAGAUCGAAGAUCUAGAUGACCUCUUGUCGAAGAAAUACAUUGUGAGCCUGCCACAUGUCAAGCAGGCACCGAAGCGUGAUGAAGGCUUGACAAUGAACGCGUUGAACAAUGUUGUAGGACUGGGCAAAUCCUUCGACUCACGACUCGGAUUUCGAAGCAAGAAGCUCGGACACUCCCAGCUGGAAGGUUCGAAGCCAGAAGAGCUGAUCCUAGAAAGCGUUCAUCUUCAGACAAAGCUUUUGACUUCGGUCAAAUUUUAUCAUGGCUAUGCGCUGGACGGCAUUGAAUUCUGUUAUGAAGAUGGCCAUAGUCAACUAUUCGGCAAGAGGGGUGGCAAACCCGGCGGUGACGAAUUCUUCCUUGAUACGCGGCGCGGCGAAACCAUUCUCGGCUUUUAUGUGCGUGCCGGGCUCUGGAUCGACGGUGUUGAGAUUCUGACAAGCACUGGCCGAAGAUCGGGUGUGUUUGGGAAUGCAACUGGAGGAUCAGGACAUACUUUGAUGGCGCCCCGGGGAUACAGUCUUGCCGGGAUUUCGGGAAGUUGUGGGCCGUGGAUAGACGGCUUCCAGAUUAUCAUCACACGCUAAUGUCACCUUGGAGACGAUUGCGCAUUGAUGACGAACACAACUACAUACAAUACCCUCCGACGGACGUCGACUUGUAUGAUUUCGGAAUGGAAAUGUCCCACACUUGCAACGGGCGAUAAUCGUUUUGAAUGGCUUGGCGAUUAGUCGAUAUUGGUUCAUUUCGACAUUAUACGGGAUAUUAAUGUUGCUUCACGCCUUGUACGGAACAAAACCAUCGGGAGGGACACAGUUAGCCAGGCAUACGACGACGGCAAAAGAAUACACAUACAAAAGGACAACGGGGGACUAUUUUACAAUAAUGAAGAGGUACGAUUUCCACCGGUUGGAGACAAUCUCGACAGCGAUUAGAGAACAGCCAUGUCAGCAGAAAUCCGCCCAGGCCACAAGAUAUUGUGUCGGGGGGGAUGUACGCAUUUGCAGCCUCUGAAGCAAGUUGCAGAUGGCAGGGCACUCCGACGGACCAGGAGAGAUCCGACUGGAAGGUGCCCUGUGCCUUCUACUCAUGAGCUACUGGCGGAUGAGCCAAGUUGAGCACCGACUCCUGGCCUGAUUCUGCUUCAUAAUAGACAUUAAUGGGAAUUCUAAUUAAUGGCUUGGUAGUGGUAUCCUU